UGAUGAGCAAGUAACAAAACAAUCCCAGGAUCUGAUUGAGUUCAAGCUUUUACCAGUCUUCCUGUAGCAAAGGGCUUGCUGGUGUUGUAAAUCUACGAUAAGGCAAACAGAUAAUGGCUCUCAGCUGGCUGGUCCUGGUGAUCUCGGUGCAAGCCUUAAUUGUUCAAGCAAAACUGUUUGAAAUUCCAGAAGACCAAAAACAUUUGGUUAGGGGCUUAAAUGUAAAACUAUUAAAAGCAACACUUGAUGGAGAGGCCAAUCCGAGUGUGUAUGUUGGACUUCGUCUUUCUGAAGAGCACAAUCUGGAAAAAGAGAAUGAAUACCUUCAAAGACUGAAACCUGAGGAUCUUUGCAGCAGCACUUUGAAUAUCAAGGAUACUGAGCCAAAGACAGGACUAAUCGCUCUUCACUUGAUGGCCCAGAAGGCUUCUUGUGAUAACACGCAUAGAAGCAGGUUAAUCGCAUGUCUAAAACACCAUCUCCUCAAAGAAAAAGAAAGUAUAGUGCUAUAUAGUAAACCAUUAACCAGCUAUUAUCAAUACAGCCUUGGUAUCCUGGCAUUGUGUGUCAAUGAUAAAUUAAUCGAUAAACAUUUUAUCAACAAGAUUAUCUUUGCCGAAGAAAAGAAUCAGUUUGUCCAUGGAAAAACCAUCUCUAUAGACACCGAAGCCAUGGCUGGUUUAGCGCUCUUAUGUGCAAAAAAUUCUAAUAAGUAUCCUCGUGAAGAUGCCAUCAAUAUGAAGAAGUCUAUAAAAAGUAUUAAAGACAAAAUUUUGACCUCACAGGGAGAUGAAGGGCAAUUAGGAAAUAUCUAUAGCACCCCUCUUGCCGUACAGUUUCUCUUAGCACUUGGUGGUCAAAGUGGUAGAGAACCUAGUUCCUAUGCAAUGAGAGCCCUAUUGAAAGCCGUGGACCAAGGGAAGUUCUCCAAUCCAAUGAUGAUGUCCCAGUUAAUGCCUGUUUUCCAUCAGAAGACCUACCUGAAUCUGGCGAAUAUAAAGUGUGAUGCGAACACAAAUAAACCAUUGUCCAUCCCUUUCUACCCUGAAAUUGCCAUUGGUGAUGAGCCAAUUCGUGUCCGACUAGUAGUGGAAGGCCAGAAUUUUGAAGAAGUUUUUGAGGUCCCUUCACAAUCAUCACUCCUGGAUGUCCUCAAAGCUGCACAGAAGAAUUCAGAUUUUUCAUUUGAAACUAGGGGUUCAUUGUAUGGACCUUACCUGACUACAGUCAACAGUAAAGAAGGCCAGUGGCUACUUCUUAAGGAUUCAGAUAUUUCUUUAUUAGAAGGCAUUGCUGACUACAAGCCUGCAGACGGAGAGAAGAUCAUCCUGCGUCUUAGAUCAGCAUAAAGAGCAA